CUUGGGCCUUUCUGUUUCCCCAACUCCUCUCCCCCCGCGACUCCCGCCCGCCCGGGGGUUCUGUGUCGCAACAUGAAAUUUGGCAAGCAGAUUCAGAAGCGCCAGCUUGAGGUUCCCGAAUAUGCUGCCAGUUUUGUUAACUACAAGGCUUUGAAGAAGCUCAUCAAGAAGCUUUCAGCUACUCCGACCCUUGCUGCGCAAAAUGACGCCCACCGCCUCGACACACUGGCUGACUCGCAGGCUGCUCUGCAAGCAAACAAGGCAACUUUCUUCUUCCAAUUGGAACGAGAGUUGGACAAGGUGAACGCUUUCUAUCUGCAAAAAGAAGCCGAGCUCAAAAUUCGACUCAAGACCUUGCUCGACAAGAAAAAAGUCAUCAAGUCGCGCCAAGGCAUCUCGAGACGCUCGUCCAAAUUCACCACCCUCGAAGAAGGUUUCCAACAGUUCGCUACGGAUCUGAACAAGCUCCAACAAUUUGUUGAAAUCAAUGGCACUGCUUUUUCAAAGAUUCUCAAGAAAUGGGACAAGACCUCGAAAUCAAAGACAAAGGAGCUGUACCUCUCGCGUGCUGUUGAGGUCCAGCCUUUUUUCAAUGCGACGGUUAUAAGUGAGCUGUCCGACCAGGCAACUACCAGCCUCCAGGAGCUUGGGGCUUGGUCGGAUGGAAUCCAAGUCAGCUUCGACUCAUCUACCACACAUGUUGUUACGACCCAGCAUUUCGUGGGGACUGACGAAGGAGAUGCCGAUUCGCUCCUGUUGGAUACUGUCAUUACCGGAAACCUCGAAUCGAUCAAGGAUCUUCUUGCUAAAAUGCAAUCUGCUACUCAAGCAAGCGACGGUGACGUUUCUUUGAUGGAGCGGCUGACAAGGACGUUUUUGACGGCGAUCAACGAAGCUCCUAAGAGCGCUCUACAAGUUCUUCUGGACACCGGCUUGGUCGACUUGCAUUCAUACGAUGAUAUCAACGAAAGAAACUGCCUACACCAGGCCGCCAUCUACGGUAGACAUCACGUACUGGAAUGGGGUCUUGCGGCCAAGGUUGCUGUGGAUCGGACUGAUGUUUACGGCCGUGUUCCGCUGCACUAUGCUAGCUUACACGGCCGCCUGGAUAUGCUCGAAGUCUUGUUGAAUGCCAAUCCGAGCACCAUUGAUCUCAUUGACCACGACAACUUCACACCGCUAAUACACGCCAUCAUACAUGGACAUGUCGAAUGUGUUGAGCGUCUGCUCGCCAGGUCCGCUCGUAUUGACCCGGUUUCUGAUGCGGAUCAUGUGCCCUUGAACCUUGCUUGCGAGCACGGCUCAGUUGCCAUUGUGGAAAUCCUGUUGAAGCAUGGCGCGCAGAUCCUUCCUGAUGCCGAGGGACUGUAUCCUCAGCACAUGGUGGCGCGAUGUGGACGGACGUCAGAUUUACUUCUACUUCUUAAACAAUAUGGAGCUGAUCUCGACCAAAUCGACAAGCUGUAUGGAUGGACACCACUACUGCAUGCCGCGAGCGAAGGCAACGUCGAAUGCCUCCAAGCACUGCUUAAACUUGGUGUCGAUGCGACAAUACGAGACGAAAAGGAUCUUCCCGCCAUGUAUUAUGCUGCUUGGGAAGGCCAUUUGGAAUGUAUGCAACUACUUACGCCGUUUAACAAGCGCCCCAGAGCGAGUCCGCUCGGUGGCCAUCCUACGAUUGAUAUCAUGGGCAGCAGUAGUGGGCCCCUGCCCAUGUCAUUGGACCCAGAUGCCAUCCCGAUCCUGGAGCUACCGCCACCAAUAAUUCCUCUUCGACGAUAUGGCCACAACUUCCUUGAUACGAAGACGGUCGUGCAAAUCGGCUUCCAGGAUGCGGGCGAGCAACCGCUGGUCUUUUUCCAGGACGGCAAGUACCCGGCUGCUCGGUUAACGAUAUCUUCCAAAGUCUCAGAUCUUAUCCCAAAGAACAUUAUUUUGCCAUUUCAAGAAGAUACCCGUGUUGUUUCCUUCCAAGUCGACAACUUGGAGACCUUUUCACUCGAUUUUGAUGUUUUCCCGGCUUACGGCGCCAAGACGAUUGCAAAGACGGUUGUGCUACCGUCUGUAUUUCUAAACCAGUCUGGCGGCUCAAAAUCUUGCCUGCCACUGUUUGACCCGCGAUUACGGGCUAUCGGCCAAAUUAGCUUCACUACGCAGGUGAUUAAGCCAUUCAGAGGGCAGCCGCUUGAAAUUACAGACUUUGAAACCUAUUGGAAGGCAACAAGCCAGUUCAACCAGCCAACAAACGCCGUUGUUACUGGCUCAAGUCUGUCUGGUGAUUACGUCCGAGUAUUUGUUCAGUACACCAGCGAUGCGGUGCCCAUCAUCUGGCCACAAUGGACCAUCUCCUGUGGUGGACUCGACAUCCCCGUCUGCCGGCUUUCAUUUGCGCAAUUUGACGCCAUCACGGCUCAGAGUACUAGCCGCGCCAAGCUUGCGACUCUGACAACAAAGACGACAGAGGAUAUCGCCGAAAUUUUCCAUAUCCUGGCGACUGCAGGCAUCACUCUGAAGGACGCACUGGCUAUUCUCCCCCCUGGUAUCCAUGUCAAUCUGCAGAUUGUUUAUCCCAACUCGGAGGAGGAGGAGACACUGGCCUUGGGACCGGCUCUGAACGUUAAUGUAUUUGUCGACUCGAUUCUCACAAUUGUCUUUGACCACGCUCGAGCUCAGAGGGCCCAGUCACAUUCGUCGCAUGUGGUGCGUUCCAUGGUAUUCAGCAGCUACAACGCGCGACUCUGCACUGCUCUCAAUUGGAAGCAGCCUAAUUUCCCGGUAUUUUUGUGCAACGACUUGGGCCGAGACGACAAGGCAGUGCAAGCUAGCGGAAGACGGACGACGUCGAUCAAGGAGGCGGUGCGGAUUGCGCAGACGAAUAACUUUAUGGGUUUGAUAUGCUAUUCUCGGUUGCUGGAUAUGGUGCCGGCGCUGGUUGAUGCCGUCAAGUCGCAUGGACUUGCCCUUGUGAUGGACAAGUCGUCUGAUACCCCUGAAGUAAACCCUCUUGCGGAUCCUUUCCCUCGGCCCCCCCAGGGCAUUGACGGAAUCUUGAGAGACCAUGGUAUUUUACGCUUUAAUGAUUCUAUAGACAUGUAGACGAUGCGAGGGUUUUUAUUUUAUACUGGGAUAGGGCGCGAAUCUGGGUGCGGUAAACUGUUAAACUGGGUGCUUGAGUCGGGCAUGAAGCCGACAUUAUAAAAUGGAGAAUGAGAGAAAUAAGAUGCAACUGUCCUUCCCAAGGCGUUAUGAUGUGGUUUUUUGGUGAAUUAUCUAUUAUUUGAGAGUUUACAUGUAUGAAUAGGCACUAGAUAACAGGUCUUAUCAAGCACCUUUAUACCCGUACCUGAGGCUCCCUAGAUCUCUCUCGGGGUCCACGCCGGCCAUGACAAUCUUGGCCGUCAGGACAACGGAAUAGACGAGGCCAGGAAUAUUGCCCAUGCUGACCCAGCCAAAGCCACCGCCCCUCUCAUCGCCUCUCACCAAUCCCAUGAGUAUUAAUAAAGUGACGAGACCCAAGUUCAAAUAGGGCAAGGUCUUUUCCAACGGGGACCGCGUCUCCAUGACCCCACGACCAAGAAGACCACCGAGUGAAUUACGCGACGACCGCAAUCCACUGCUAAGACUGCUCGCAGCAGACGAUCUGCCUCUUCCUCUAGCACUACCAUUACCGCUGGCCCAGGCGUCGAUUAUGAGAAUGCCCGUCUGCGCGGGCGGCAGGCGGUAGAGCAGAAAGGCCGUCGCGAGGAGGGAUGUUGUGCAGAAGAUGGCAAAGGAAGUGGUGGCGGGGUUGAGCAGCGGGCGGAUGUAGGCGAUGAGGGAGAGGAGCGGCAGGGCGAGGAGGGUGCGGGCGAGGGUUUCGUUUUGGGAGGCGUUUUGGGAGGCGAGGGUUUGGAUGAGGCUGUCUUGUUCUUGCUCGUCCAUGGCUUCGGGAGAGUCUGAGUCGGAGUCGUUGGGGUAUUGAAACGUCCGUCUUAGACGGGCGGAGGAUGCCAUGAUGAAUGUAAGAAGGAGAAAAUGGAGGUUGUAGAAAGUGAACAUUUAGCAAAAGGAGGGCGUUUUCUUUUUUCUUUGUCUCGGUAAAGGGAUGCUGGUGAUUGCACCGUUGGAGAUGGCAAUAGCAGCGGCA